AGCUCAUUCCUGCGGGAGGGCGCCGUGCCCGAGCGAGCGCCCGGCUCCUCCUGCGCAUCCCGGGAGCCCCGGAGCUGCCACCACCACCAGCACCACCAGCACCACCAGCACCACCAGCACCACCAGCACCAGCACCAUGCCUGCCCUCCGCCUGCUGCUCCUGGCGCUGCUCCUGCAGCUGCAUCCUGCCUCCUGCCAGGAAGCCCGGGGCAGCCUCCAGCCGUGGUCACAGGGUGUCAUCGCAGUGGUUGUAUUUCUAGUGCUGGUGGCCAUCGCUUUCGUCGUCAACAGGUUCUGGUGUAAGGAUAAAGUGGAAAGCGUUGAGAACGUGGUGAGUGUGGAGGACAAGCCAGAUGCUGUCACGUCCAAUGGCCAUGAAGGGAGAUAUGUAUCGGCUGCAGCUGACUUCAGGUCCAAAGAGAACCAGCACGCCUACGAGAACACCGUGGAGCCUGAGGAGAAGGUGAUCACCACGGCCAUGUAGCAGCACCCGCCCGCCGCCCUCCUCUUCCUCUCGAUUCGCUUCCCGCUAUUGCGAUGGGCAUUCUCACAGAGACCCUCUGUGCUGGCACCCCCUGGGAGUGAUGGAGCCUCUCCCUGGCACCUCCACCUCCUGAUCUCUUCCUUUUCCACCCGUGG